AUGGCCGCUACCUGUGCUCGUGUUGGUAUCAGAGUGCCCGGAGGAGCUGAUAGCAAUGUUUUGAGCAGUUGCGUUUCCGGAGUUAACGACGGAACGGCGGACAAACACUACAAGAGGUGGAGGAACGAGAACCAUCUCUUUCCUGACGCUGUUGGUCACCACAUCCAAGGUGUUAGUGUUCACGACGGCGAAUGGGACUCUCAUGGGGGCAUCAAGAUUUGGAACUACACCUUAGAUGGAAAGGAAGAGAUAGUCAAGGAGAGGAGAGAGAUGGACGAUGAGAAUAAGACAAUGAAGGUUAUAGGACUGGAAGGUCACGUUAUGGAGCAGUUCAAGGUGUAUGAAGUUGACUUCCAAUUUAUACCAAAGUCUGAAGAUGAUUGCACCUGCAAGAUCACUAUGAUAUGGGAGAAGCACAACGAUGAAUUCCCAGAACCAGGCAGCUACAUGCAGCUCCUCAACAGCAUGGUUGUUGACAUGGAAGACCACGUCCUCAAAGCUUAAUCAACAAUGACAUCAUCAUCAUCACAACCAACAUUGUCCCUAUAUAUUAUAUAUU